UGCUAAAACUCAGCAGUUGCAGCCAGGCCGUUGGAACCCAUUUCGGGAGGGCCAUGUGCCGCGCCGAAAAACCCCUUCCACCCCGCCCCCAGCCACGAGGUGCUUUCCAGCCCCGCUGCCUCAGGGAGAUCGCGCAGCGUUGAGUCAAAGCCUUUUGGAGCCUGCCUGAAAUAUUAGUGACUGGGAGAGAAUUCCUUCGUCGUUUUGUGCAGGAUCUGGAAGCGGGAGCAAUGGUCAAGUUCUGGUUGUGUGCAGCAGUUGGAUUUUACAUGUUGCAGCUUUGUGCAGCCCGAAUAGAUUUGAAUAUAAGUUGUAGAUAUGCAGGCGUUUUCCAUGUAGAGAAGAAUCAUCGCUACAGCCUUACAAGAGAAGAGGCUGUUGAGCUUUGCAAAGCACUCAACAGCACCAUCCCAACAUGGGAGCAGAUGGAUAAAGCCUUCACACUUGGUUUUGAAACUUGCAGAUAUGGUUAUAUAGAACACAACAUUGUAGUUCCCAGGCAUACACCUUAUUUUCUCUGUGCAGCAAACAACACAGGAAUUUAUGUACUUUCCUCCAAUGUCUCUGACCGAUAUGAUGCAUAUUGCUUCAAUUCAUCAGAAUCAAGAGAUGUGGUUUGUGAUCCAGUGAUAAAGUUAUAUUCUACUUGGACAAAUAAUGACAGCAGUAUUGAAAUUUACAAUGCUGAUGGGUCACGGUAUGUUGAAGGAAAGAAAGUCACAGAAAGGCCACCAAUUACUGAAGAUGAAAGUAGUGUGGGCAGUGGUUCUUCAAUUGGCAGAGGGACAGCAGAUCCCAGUGACAUCACACAAGAGGAUGAUACCACAACAUUUACAUCAACAUAUGGUAGUGAUGAAGACCACCAUUAUCACCGUCCAGGAGAUCCUUCUGAAGAUCAGCAUCCCCAAAAUCCUACCGGAGAAAGAUCAAAUCAUGGAAAGCAUCAUGGAAAUUCUAGUCAAGAUCAGCAAGUCGCUGAAGAUUUCCCAUUAUGGUGGCCACCUGAAGAACACAAAGAAAUGCAGAAUGCAACCUUCAGGAAGGAUGAGAGUGCUGAAGAAGAUGAUGAUGGUGGUGGUGAUGAUGAUGAUGGUGGUGAUGACGAAGAAGGGUCUGGGCAUAGAACUCCUGAAACAGUUCUUGAGUGGGACAACAGUGGUGAUAAGGAACUUCAGCCAUCAAAUACCACUGUGAACUCCAGCAAAGAUGUCAAACAAGAAGUAUCAGACCACAAUGCAUUGCUACAUGCCGUACAUUUCGGAAAGGACAGUGAAGUCAGAUACUCAACAAAUGGCACAAGAGAGGAUGUGCUACCUGGAAUUGUUCCUCUAGGUGAUGAUGAACAAUAUUCAACCACUACCGCUGUGUUCUCCAGUGAUGAUUUCUUCAAGCAGGAAGACCCAAAGCAGCCUCAACUGAACGGUGCAUCUCCUGAACUGGAAACUGAAAACACAGUACCCACUGCAAUCAGCACUUCAGAUGUAGUACAUCCAGAAUUUUUCCUCUCUAAUGAAGAAGGAAGUACUCUGGAAAAAGACUCUUUUCAUCAUACAGUUAUAUUCUUCAAUGGAAGUGUUGAACAUGAAGGACAUCAACAUCAGUCACCAGCUGUUGAUGAAGUUGCACAAAGGAAUCAAAGUUCUAUCACAAACAGGACAAUCCAUGAUGUCCUACAAGUACUUACUCAUCCAAGAGAGAACUAUCAUGAAAAUGCAUCUUCUCAGUCAGUUCAGACUUCUCAUAAUGGAUCCAAACAUGAGGAUACAUCCCAGAAUUUACCACCACCUGAUGAUCAUCCCAUAGGGAAUGCUGAAAAGUUUUAUCCAACAAGUAACACUCUGGAUGAAGUUCUGCGUAAUUUUACAUCUCCAAUUGACAGCAAUGAUGGUACUGACCAUGAAGAGUCUGCUCAUGCACUUUUGAUCCAUGGAAGUGAUCCUGUCUUGAAAAAUGAAGAUGAAUAUCCUACAAACCUAUCUAAAGGUGGUGAUCUUCAUGGCACUGUUUAUCCAGAUGAAAGUGAACAUGAAAAAGAAAUUUCAUUAAGUGAGGAAGCAGUAGUUACCAGUGUUAGCACUGACUCUGGAGUUCCUACUCGUGAUCCAAUGUCGCACCUAGAGGAUAGUGAAGAAAAAUAUCACACAAACACAUAUAGAGAUCAUUUGCUCCCUGGAAUUCUUCAUCCAACUGCAACAGCUGUAGCCUCCAAGGAAAAAGGCAAAGGCAACGAAUCCACACAAAAGUCAUUAUUUUAUAACACCCGUCCAGGACAGGACAAUGACGACGAUCUCCCUGAGAACAGAACUAGGGAUGAUGUUCAGUCUGGAAUUAUUCAGAUUGAAAGAAAGACUGAAUUGGAUACAUCUUACACAGCUGAUGAUUAUGAGGAUUCCACCCAAGUUCCAUUGAUCCAGAAAAAGCAUCCUGACUUCAAUGAGGAACUUAAUCGUCCUGCAAAUUCAUCAAAAAAUGAUUUGAUAUCUGGAAUUAGUAAUCCCACAGGCAAUGUGCAUGAAAAUGUAACAUCACAUACAGUUGUCAUUCUCGAUUAUCACAAAGACUCGACUCAACAACCAUUGACUCCUAUUCACCAGCCAGACUGGGUCAGUGAAGAAAAAUCUACUAAUACUUCUAGAAAUGGCAUGGAAAUCAGUAAACAGCAUGAAAAUAUAAAAGGUUCUGACCCAAAUGAUCGCUUCAGAGCAGUGGGAGACAAAAAUGUGACACCUAUCCCAGGAGGGCCAGCAGGUCGACGAAUGGCUCAUAUACCAGAUUGGCUUAUUGUAGUUGCUUCUCUUUUGGCCCUGGCAUUGAUACUUGGUGUUUGCAUUGCUGUAAACAGUCGAAGGAGAUGUGGGCAGAAGAAGAAGCUUGUGAUCAACAAUGGUAAAGGAGGCAUUGAUGAGAAAAAGAAAGGUGGAUUAAAUGGAGAAGCCAGCAAAUCUCAGGAAAUGGUGCACUUGGUACACAAAGAGAAGCCAGAAGACCAAAAAGGUUCGCAUGAUGAAUUCCUGGCAAUUGAUGAAACACAGAACCAACAAGAUGUGGCCUUGAAGAGUGGCAUGUAGGAGGGCUAUACCAAUCAAAUUGAAUCAGAUUGGGGAAACAAAAGCAUCAUACAGAACUGGGACUAUAACUCAGAAAUGCAAUGAGCUACUGAUCUCUUUAAAGCAUAAUUAAGCAUACAUUUUCUUGUUUAUUCUUUUAUAACGGUCAGCUACAAAAAUAACAUGUCAUUUUUGGUUUUGCCCAACAUUGCAUAAUUUUGCCCAGUUUUAAUUAGUGACCAGCAUGUUAUUGCUAUUACUUGUUUCCCAAUUGCAAUCUGUUUGGUAAGGCAGAAUGGCAACUUUGAUUUAUUGUGCCUGACCUACAGAAUUUUCCCUUACUCUGUUUUUUGUGGAAUUCCCAAAAUCUGUAGCCAUUGAGGCAUUAUGGUAAAAAGCAUAACCAGAGAAUUCACAGUGAUAGGCUACCUUGAGAUUUGACAUGUAGAUUUUGGAAUUGAAUUUCUAUUGGUCACUUAGCCCUUAAGAAAUUGUCAGAUGUAUUAAAUCUCAUUAAUGUUUUAAUAUUUUGGAAUUACAUGCUGUAAUAGUUGAAUAUGAAAAGAAGUAUGUUUUUAAACAUUCCACAGAUGUCCACCAUGUUAAAAAUACACACACCAGAAAGGGUGGAAAGAACAAAAAAAAUGAUUUAUAGCAAAUAAAUUUUUAUUCUCUAUAAUCUAAAUAA